UCUCGGCUGCUUCGGACUUAUCUGACUUACUGAACGCUCCGAGAGCGCAACAGAGCAGCAGAGAAACUUCAGAGAAACUUCAGAGAAAGCGACACAAACCUCAGAGAAAAUGUACUCACGGUCAAACAGCGUGACUCUGACUGUGCGGCAGGAGAGCUUCGCCUUCUCCAGGAUGGCGACGCGCAGCACGGAGCCGGAGGUUUUCACCUUCGAGCGGAUCCCGGCUCAGGCCACCGCCGUGCGCUCCUACGUCCCCAUUCGGCCGAAGAAGCGCUGCACCCGGGUUAUGUACCCUGCUAAAGUCCGCAUGCAUCUGCCCCCACCGGAGAAAAGCCAGGCCAAGCGCUGGCUGGUCAUCCUGUGCCUGGUGGUGCUGUGGCAGAUCUACACCGAGGAGCCCUGCGCCGAGACUCCGCUGGGCAGCGCAGACAGCCCGAUCAGCGACUACCAGGGUUUCCCCUUCCAGUCCGCCGAGGAGCAGGCAAGGCAGCUCACACAACUCAGCGCCAGCUCCGAGCUUCUGUCGGCCACACCGACCGGCUGUGAGGACAACGGCUCAUCCAGCGAACAGGUCCUCCCGAACACCACCUGCGCCGGGCCCGGUCAGGAGACGGAGAGCAGCCGGUCGUUCGAGCAGAGUGCCGGGAAAAGCUACAUGGUGGCUCUGCUGGUCUACCACAGACUGGGCAGCGACAACUAAGACUCUCGGGACCGGUGUAACUGUGAACCGCCUGAGUCUGGGCUUCUAGGAUCACAAAUGUGCCGAAGCUGGAGUUGAUCCCGAGUUGCUUCUGGAGGACAGCGGUGCGCCCCGCGCGGCGCAGCCGGGGAGGGAGCUCCAAGCGCCGGCCUGAUUCUGACAGCAGUGCCCCUGAGACCAGAGGGGGGGCACAGUCUGUAACGGGACACAUGGCAAAGCAAGAAAGAAAGAAAGAAAGAAAUGUGAACACUUGCA